CGAAUUGACCAAUCAGACCUACCUUGUUUCACCGAUAUGGAAGUCACCAGGCGUGGGUGUGCCGUUUGGCGUGUAAGCGCAGACAGAGGACGAGGUGAGAGGCUCUGAGGUUGCGGCAUGGUUAUGAGGGCACAGAAAAACGAGCGGGCGGUCCACGCUCUGCUAGCCUCAUCUCCUUCUCACCUCCAAGUACUACUCCAUAGAAGAGGACGUCAUCCCGAAGUUUUCGGAGUACGCUGGCCCUCUCGGUGGUGCCUCAUCAGUUUUGUUUGACGUCGGCUCGUGCCGUAUUGUUGUUGUCUCGGCUGCACCUCACGCCCUACUAACCGUUAGCUUCGGCAUCUGGAGGCGCGGGGCCAACCAUGUCUGACAACGCAGACCGCUUCAUGCUCGAUGUGGUUAUGGAAUCUGUGCCCCACAGGGACAUUGAUGCCCAGGAAACCGCAAGUAGCUCGGCGUCGGCCGAGGACUGCUCGGACUUCUUUGACUUCGAUGCAUACUAUAACCCCGGCGUGGAAACCGAUGUAACCACGCCCCCCUCAGAAGGGGAGCCCGCCGACGGCAGUUUGCCCCUGGCCCAGGGUACUACCCUGGCGAAGAAUCCCAGCCACGCCGAGGACACCCCCAUGCCAGAUGCCCCAGCCCAGGAGUCUCAAUCUCUCAAUCUCUGGCCACAGCUUUCUGGCCCUCAGCCUCCACGCGAUAAAGUGAUCUUCCUGGAGUCGUCGCCUUCUCCACAGCCCUCUGGAGAGAUGAGUCCUAAAAGACCGCCCCAGGUGCGCUCGGCCUCGGGCCAAAGAACACGAGUCAUCAAAGACCUGGAUAAGACGAAUAAGGUCCGGGAGCGUGGGGCUUGUUACCAUUGCAAGAUAAACAAGAAAGGCUGCGAUGAUGCAGAGAUUUGCAAGGAGUGCAGCAAGCGGUUCGAAAAAAAGCCGUCCUGUUCCAAGCGUGCAUGCAUCCGGAAGCCGCUGAAGGAAAUGAUCCCGCCAAAGCUCGGGAGAUGGAACUGGGCAAACCCAUCGCUCCUGAUGCCCGGUCGCAACCAGUUCGAGGCUGGCGCCGAAUCCGUUUUCUGUUCCCUAUCCGUGAACGGACCCUACUUGGAACUCCGUGCGAGUCGGUUCGCACUUGCGAACGAGAGACAGGACGGAGUCCAGAGCUUUCAAGGGGUUGGCAUCAUGCCAUCCGACCUUCCUUCGGAUGAGAACAUUUAUCUUUGGAUGGAACGGCAAAUACUGGCCGAGAACAAGCCGAGAUUUGAAGCGUAUAUGGACAAAUUGCUUGUCGGUUUAGCAAGUCAGCAGCGAGCAAGACCGCAGCCGUGGGCCCGUCAGAUACCCGAGCAACUGGUUCUGGAGACUCUUAGGAUGCGGUGCAUGUGCAAGGUCUGGAGUGCCAAGCAACUCUUUCUCGAGCAGCGCAAGGCCCAGAUAUCGCCAUUCGAUAUAAGAUUUGCAUCAAUGAAAGACUCCCUUCGGCUACUUGCAGGCCGAAGGAUCUCGGAACUCGAGCGGAAGAUCACCGAAGACCUUGAGAAAUAUCUCGGACGAAAAGAACCGACGUCGACCCACCCGAUGAUACUUGUUGUCAAGUGUAAGUAAAAGCCGGGCUGGCCGCCCCCUUCGCGGUCGCCUCGGGGAAUGCUCGCUCCUGUGAAUGCCGCUCCCAAGACAACCCCGGGACAGUUCAAUAAGGACUAGGUGACUGACACUGUAGAUAGGGGUGCUGUUGUGGCAGAUGAUAUUGAUAUACCGGCAGUCCUUGAGCUUGGUGUUGGAGCAGCAGCAAACCAACGCCGAGCCAAUAUCCUACGGAGUGAUGCCUGAUCCCGCAUGGAGGCAUGAUUUCAGGAACGAGACAAUACAGCUACUUGAGGCCGUCAUUGUCAUAUAC